AACGUGUAUUAAGUAGAUCUUUUGCCAAACAAACCUGUCAAUCGGUUAACAGAUUUGUAAUCGCCAGAAUUGUAACCAAUUAUUAUCAUGCACGUGUUAAAAUAUGACUGGCUCUAAAACCAAGAGUUUCGGCUAUAAAAACUGUUACCUUCCAUUAACGGAAACUUUAGUUACACAGUGAAGAAUUUUUCCUUGCAAAUUUUCUUCUUCUUCCGCCUUUUCAGGGAAAGAAAGUGAGUAAAUUCAUCCGGGAUUUUAAGAUUAGAGGAAGUGAGAAGAUUAUUAAUUCAAUGGCAGAGGCAGUUGUUGUUUCAUCACCGGCGCCGGCAGGCAUUAAGAAUGAAGGUGCAAUAAUUAGUAACGGAGGAGGAUCUCAUUAUAAGAAGAACCGGAUUCAAGUCUCUAAUACCAAGAAACCACUUUUCUUUUAUGUUAAUCUUGCUAAGAGGUACAUGCGACAACACAGCGAGGUUGAACUUUCUGCUUUGGGUAUGGCCAUUGCUACUGUUGUCACAAUUUCUGAAAUUCUGAAGAACCAUGGUCUCGCUAUUGAGAAAAAAUUGGUGACAUCCACUGUCGAUAUGAAAGAUGAAAAUAAGGGUAGAUUGGUUCAGAAAGCGAAGAUUGAGAUAUUGCUGGGAAAGACUGAGAAUUUCGAUAAUCUGAUGGCAAAAGCUGCUGCUGGUGCUGUUCCGGUUACUGCUGCUUCUGCAACAACAGCAUCAACAGAUGGUGCUGUUGUUUCUGCUGAAAAACAAUCGACAGAUGUUGUGGAUAACAACAAGGAAAAAGAAAGUGCGCAACCAAUGUCAGCCACAACUUAGAGAUGCUUUGUUCUUCUAUAACUAAUAUCAAGAGGACAUAUGAAGUAGCUAGACCGAGUUGUACUGUUGUGUUGCUGACAUGAUUUAUUAGAAGUUGUUAGAAAUUAAGGGGUAGACAGGAAAUCAAACUAUCUUGUUCUGGAGAACAAUGUGUGUGGACAUUUGAAUCUCCUUUCAUUUCUUUCUUCCUUGUUGUUGAAACACCUAUGUAGAAUAUAACUAUUAUUUUAUUUUAUUUUACAAUCUUGUUGUGGAGAACAACUCUGCUAGAGUUAAUGGAAUCUGUGAUUCACCA